UGCGUGCUGCGCGUCUCCUUGGCGCUGCGCGGAGGAGGGCGAGCCCAGGCCUCAAGGAGAGGGAGCGGGACGAGGAAGAGCAGCGGGAGCGGGGAUCGGCGCUCCUGCCGCUGCCAUGCUGCUGUGCACUGCCCUGCGCGCCGCGGCCGCACGCUCGGUAAGACAGAUCCGAUAUUUGCAUGGAACAGCAGAGCGCAAUGCCACUGGAGCCUUAUUCGUGCACAGAGAUAGUCCUGAAAACAAUCCAAAUACUCCAUUUGAGUUCACACCUGAAAACCUAAAGCGAAUAGAAGCGAUCAUAAACAACUACCCAGAGGGACACAAGUCUGCAGCUGUCAUGGCAGUGCUGGAUUUGGCCCAAAGACAGCAUGGAUGGCUGCCCAUAUCAGCUAUGAACAAGGUUGCUGAAGUUUUAGAAAUGCCUCCCAUGAGAGUCUAUGAAGUAGCAACCUUCUACACCAUGUACAAUCGCAAACCUGUUGGGAAAUACCACAUUCAGGUCUGCACCACCACGCCGUGCAUGCUGCGAGACUCUGACAGCAUUUUAGAAGCCAUUAAGAAGAAACUUGGUAUUAAAGUUGGGGAAACAACACCUGAUAAGCUCUUCACGCUGAUAGAAGUGGAAUGUUUAGGUGCUUGUGUAAACGCACCGAUGGUACAAAUAAAUGACAAUUACUACGAAGAUCUGACACCCAAGGAUAUUGAAGACAUAAUUGAUGAGCUAAAGGCUGGCAAAGUUCCCAAACCAGGCCCAAGGAGUGGACGUUUUUCUUGUGAGCCAGCUGGUGGCCUUACUUCCCUGACUGAACCACCCAAAGGACCAGGUUUUGGAGUUCGAGAUGAUCUCUAAGGAUUUUUGUAAUAUAAAAUGAACUGUCUGAAAAGAAUAAAGUACCUUGAAUCUCACUAAAAUUAUGUACAUUCUAAUAUUUUUGUUUAAAAAAAAAGUAACAGCAAUUAGACUAUCCAACUUACUGUGUUGGAUUAAAUUUAACUAUAGCACAGUUUAAUCAUAAUUCCAGACUUUAAGAAAAGUGGUUCUGUAGACUGUGUAAAGUGACUGCUUGAAAGAGUCCACUUAGGGUCAAUGAGAAAUGAAAAGUUGUGUCUUUUGAUCUGUCAUUGAAAAUUCUUUCAGCUUUUUCUAAAGCUCUUUGAAGAAGCGACAAAACUCACUAAAUUACAAAUCUGAUAAAUGCACAAGGAACCAAACUGAAAGGAGAUUAUCUGACAAAACUUCAUCAUGUUACUUUUAUUGGCAAUUUAUAAACAAACAAAUGCAAACACGAAAGGUUAUCUGAGCUGUGUUGUGUAAAAAAUCUCGUAAGUUCAGUUAGAAGUGGUUCUUCAGCUUCGUUCUUCUUAGUAUCAUUCUGUAAUCAGGAAGAAUGUAAAGCCCCAAACAGCAGUAGUAUUCUGCUAAAAGAAUAAAAGUAACAAAAACCAACUACCUUCCUGUGCUUCCUAUAAACAUAUAUAUAGUACAGACAAGGUACGGAGCUGGGGGAAGACAGAAUAUAUCAGAGCAGUUCAACAUGUGCCUAAGGGUAAUAAUAUCUGACACUGGAUCUUUGAUUUACAGAUCCUUCUUUGACCUUAUUAUUGUGUACCAGCUACUUUCAAGAACUAAUCUGUGUGAAAUUGAGGAAUUUCUUUCAACACAAAAAAGUUGAAGAUUUUUUUUUUUAUUUGACUGCAUAUUGACACUUAAUACCUAUGCUUAUAAAAUGGGGCAAAUGCUUUUGCUAUAAGGACAUACAUUUCCAUGUCAAUUAGGAAAUGUGGACACAUCAGUCACCCGAAGCCACAUUGUGUCUGUCUCUUCUAAAAUCUGCCAUGGAACUUAUAUUUGUAUUGCAAUUGAGGAGAUACAUUAAUCUUUAACUGUAUAAUUUAUAAUUCUAUAUUAGUUUGUUUUGAUAGUCUGAUUAAUAGUACUUCACCAAACUAUUCUCCCUCUUUGGAGUUAAAUUCUGUUUUUACAGAUUACCUGCAUAAUGGCUAUCUCAUGUGGUCUGUCAUUAUUUCAAUAGGCUCUGUGAAGUUCCUUCACAAGCUGUUAAAAAAGCAGUAUUACUGCUGGUAGUUCUGGGAACAUAAUAUAUCUGUAAAUCAUUUGUAUGAGAAACUUGCUAUCUCUUCCAUCUUACUUUAUUUAUAAAAUGAAACUAUUGAAUUGCAUACAAAUGGAAAAGAAAACUCAAUAAAUUUAUACAACCCAUGAGUGAAGCAGCUUCCAAACAAGCAUGAAAAAAAAUCCUGCAUAGAAGCAGUACAGAACAUAGUGCAGGGGAGAAAAUAGUACAUGGAUUGAAAUCUUAUCUGUCAUUAAAAGUUUCUGAAUGCUCUUCUGAAA